AUGCCCGCCGUGGACAAGCUCUUGCUAGAGGAGGCGUUGCAGGACAGCCCCCAGACUCGCUCUUUACUGAGUGUGUUUGAGGAAGAUGCCGGCACUCUCACGGAUUAUACCAACCAGCUGCUCCAGGCGAUGCAGCGCGUCUAUGGAGCCCAGAAUGAAAUGUGCCUGGCUACUCAACAGCUUUCUAAGCAACUGCUGGCAUAUGAAAAGCAGAAUUUUGCUCUUGGCAAAGGCGAUGAAGAGGUAAUUUCUACACUCCACUAUUUUUCCAAAGUGGUGGAUGAGCUUAAUGUUCUCCAUACAGAGCUGGCUAAACAGUUGGCAGACACAAUGGUUCUACCAAUUAUACAAUUUCGAGAAAAGGAUCUUACAGAAGUAAGCACUUUAAAGGAUCUUUUCGGACUCGCCAGCAGCGAACACGACCUCUCAAUGGCAAAAUAUAGUAGGCUUCCUAAAAAAAAGGAGAAUGAAAAGGUGAAGACUGAAAUCGUGAAGGAGGUGGCCGCGGCCCGGCGGAAACAGCACCUUUCCUCCCUUCAGUAUUACUGUGCCCUCAAUGCGCUGCAGUGCAGGAAGCGUGUGGCCAUGAUGGAGCCCAUGCUGGGCUUCGCCCGUGGACAGAUUAACUUUUUUAAGAAGGGAGCAGAGAUGUUUUCCCAGAGUAUGGAUGGCUUCUUAUCCUCCGUCGCAGACAUGGUUCAAAGCAUUCAGGUGGAACUAGAAGUGGAAGCAGAGAAGAUGAGGGCAUCCCAGCAAGAAUUACUUUCUCUGGAUGAAGCUGUUUACACCCCAGACUUCGAUGUGGCUGCGCCCCAGAUCAACAGGAACCUUAUCCAGAAGGCCGGUUACCUUAAUCUUAGAAAUAAAACAGGGCUGGUCUCCACCACCUGGGAGAGACUCUACUUCUUCACCCAAGGCGGGAAUCUCAUGUGCCAGCCCCGGGGCGCCGUGGCCGGGGGCCUGAUCCAGGACCUGGACAACUGCUCUGUGAUGGCGGUGGACUGUGAGGACCGGCGAUACUGCUUCCAGAUCACCACUCCCAAUGGAAAAGCGGGAAUAAUCCUCCAGGCAGAAAGCAGAAAGGAAAAUGAAGAGUGGAUAUGUGCAAUAAACAACAUCUCCAGACAGAUCUACCUGACUGACAACCCAGAGGCGGUCGCCAUCAAGUUGAAUCAGACGGCUCUCCAAGCAGUGACUCCAGUUACAAGCUUUGCAAAAAAACAAGAAAGUCCAUGCCCCAGCCAGAACAUGAAAAGUUCAGAGAUGGAAAAUGACAAGAUAGUGCCAAAAGCAACAGUCAUUAUACCGGAAGCCGAACAACUAAUUGCACCUGGAACACCUAUUCAGUUUGACAUUGUACUUCCCGCUACAGAAUUCCUUGAUCAGAACAGAGGAGGCAGGCGUACCAAUCCCUUUGGUGAAACUGAGGAUGCGACAUUUCCAGAAGCAGAAGAUUCUCUUUUGCAGCAGAUGUUUAUAGUUCGGUUUUUGGGAUCAAUGGCAGUCAAAACAGACAACACUACGGAAGUGAUUUACGAAGCGAUGAGACAAGUACUGGCUGCUCGGGCUAUUCAUAACAUCUUCCGGAUGACAGAGUCCCACCUGAUGGUCACCAGUCAGGCCCUGAGGUUGAUAGACCCCCAGACUCAAGUAACAAGGGCCAAUUUUGAACUCACCAGUGUCACCCAGUUUGCUGCUCAUCAAGAAAACAAGAGACUGGUUGGCUUUGUGGUCCGCUUGCCUGAAUCCACAGGCGGAGAGUCUCUGAGCACAUAUGUUUUUGAAAGCAACUCAGAAGGCGAAAAGAUAUGUUAUGCUAUUAAUUUGGGAAAAGAAAUCAUUGAGGUUCAGAAGGAUCCAGAAGCACUGGCUCAGUUAAUGCUGUCCAUACCACUAACCAAUGAUGGAAAAUAUGUACUAUUAAACGAUCAACCAGAUGACAAUGAUGGAAGUCCAAGUGAAAAUAGAGGCGCAGAAUCUGAAGCAUAA